AUAGGAAGAAGCAUAUCAGCAGCGAGGGUGCGGCUCCCGGUGUGACACAUCUUGCAGCGCCUCAGUCAACAACGGGCCACACCUCAUCUCAGCCCUUUUUCUUCAGCAAUGCCAAUGGAGAACUCCGACCGCCAGCCCCAAUUGAAUGAAGAGCUAGAGGUGAAGUGGCUUCACCCAGGCGAUGGCAGGGUAGAGGACAUGAUAGCCAUGAACAACCACGGCCUUUGGCGCCAGAGCGCACAUUUUACCUUGCACUUGGAUACACCAUUAGAAACACAGCAGUAUCUUCAAGCUGUUACUCAUCUGAAUAAUAAGGUUCAGCUGUUGAGGACCUGUUUCCGCCCCCGUGACAAAGAGUGGUGGCUGUGUGAGAUGCCAAUACCUUCCAUCGACUUCCAGGUGAGCACCGCACACACCCUGUGUGUCAACAACACCUUCCUCUCUUACCAUCUCUUCUUCACGAUUUAA